UGAAUCCAACGGCGCAUCUUCAGAGCCACCACUAUAUCCUUUGAGGACCAUGGAUGAGGCUAGGCGAGAUCUACCUAUGCGAUCUAAGACACAGUCGAUACCCAGUGAAACUCAUUGGCUCCUGAAGUUGGACCGUGAGGACGAGGUGGUAUACGAAUCAGACCGGCGCUUGUUGAAGAGCGGCUCAUUUGACGGACUCGUGGAACAAUUGACGCGCCAUGACCGGUUGGAUCUUUCUUUCAAUGAGGCCUUUCUCAUCACCUAUCCGACUUUCGUAUCGGCCUCGGAUCUCUUUGAAGCGCUUCUUCAGCGAUUUUACGUCGACCCUCCCGAACAAUUGACCCAGACUGAGAGGCAGCUAUGGAUCCAACAUAAACAGAAAGCAAUACGUCUUCGAGUUGUCAAUAUUCUGAAAACAUGGCUGGAGCAAUUCUGGAUGGAACUCCAUGAAGAUACAACGAUCGAUCUUCUCCGGCACAUAUACGCCCAGAUUAAGAACUCGCCAGCCAUUAUGAAUACCCCGACUGCUUCGCAGGUAUUAAGCGUCAUCGAUCAGCGAAUUCAAGGAAAAGAAAUCGCAAAACGUCUUGCUACACCACCGAACUCUUCUAUCCCAAAGCCUAUCACACCAAAGAAUAUGAAGAAGUUGAAGGUUCUAGAUAUCGACCCCACAGAGCUAGCCCGCCAGCUCACCAUCAUCGAAUUCAACCACCAUGCCAGGAUCAAGCCCAGGGAAUGCCUCAGCCAGAAAUGGAAAAAGAGAAGAUCUAAUAGUGUGGAGCCAUCAACGGGCGUCAAUGCCAUGAUCCUUCAUUCAAAUCGGUUAGCCAAUUUCGUGGGCGAGCUGGUUCUAGCCCAGGAUGAGUUUAAAAAGAGGGUAGCAAUGAUCAAAUUGCUCGUCCAGGCUGCCGAUGUUUGUCGUUCCCUGAACAACUAUGCCAGUUUGAUGUCAAUCAUCUCUGGUCUGGGGCAAUCCCCCGUUUUUCGACUCCGACAAACUUGGGGUCUUGUCAACCCACGCAUCCGGGACCUCCUUGAACAACUAAGGGAUCUGAUGUCAAGUGAGAAGAAUUGGGUCAAGUACCGCGACGCUUUGAGGCAAUCUAACCCACCUUGCGUUCCUUUUCUGGGAAUUUACCUCACAGACCUAACAUUUAUCGACGACGGUAUCCCCGACCUCACCACUUCAGGCAUGAUAAACUUCGCCAAGCGCUUAAAGGUGGCGGAUGUCCUUCAAGAUAUCCAACAAUACCAAAGCAUACCCUAUAGCCUCCAAGCGGUACCCGAGAUCCAGGACUUCUUGAUUCGGAAUCUCCGGGCAGCAAAGGACGUGAGCGAUAUGUAUGAUCGCAGUCUUCAAUUAGAGCCGAGGAUGUCCAAUGAGGAGAUUUUCGUGCGAUGCAGUGGGUAUACAGCUACAGGAAGCCAUAUGAGCUCCGUAAUUAUUGCUAGUAUGGCUAUGCGUUGAUUGGGGACUUGGCUUUUGGGUUUAUUAUUUUCGUUCUUCACUUUGGUGUGGUCCUUUUCGGCUUCUUAUGUGAUACCCUGCUUCCUUUUCUUUCCUUUGUUCUUUUCCUUUUUUCUUUCUCUUUUUUCUUUUUGCCCAUCUUUUAAUUAAGACGACUUUACGAUCUGCGUUGAAAAUCUCAGGCUUAUGGCAAUGGGUAUACAAAAGUACCCUGUAUUAUGGCUAAGACAUUGUUAUAGCAUAGGAAAGUUAAGUAUUUUCAUUUUUUC